UAACAGGACUAUAAAUAUUUUUUUAGUGGCAAUAUAUCGAUUAUAUCAUCAUCACAUUGAAUUCAAACUUGUUGUUCCUUGUAAAGUAAUAUAAUCGAUCGAUUUUCUACACAAUAAUAAUGAUUGAUGAUGGCAAUAUUUUACUUUUCAUAAAUACUGAUAAUAAAUAGAUAAUAUGUAAUGUAAUGUAAUUAUUUGAAGAAGAAAUUUUUCGGAAAAAUUCGAUUUUCGAAUUAAAAAAAAAACAAUUUCGAAACGUCAAAAAAAAAAAUUUCUCCGUUUCACUAUUUUGAUCCGUAUCGCUCUUUUUCGUGGCCAUCGAAUGUUCAACAAAAUGACUACAAAAGUUUCAAAUUCAACCGGUAUCGAUACUGUUCCGGUUGGACCAUCAUCAUCAUCAUCAUCAUCGUCAUCAUCAUCACGUCAACAGCAGCAUCAGCAUCAGCAACAGUCAUCACAGAUAACAGACAUUAAUCUUCGUCAUCAUAAAUUAUUACAAAAUAUUGUUAAAAUUCUGAAAAUGAAUAAUGUUCUUGAAGAAUAUCGUCUAGUCGUACAACAGAUACAGCAACAAUGUUGUUGUAAACGAACCAGACAAACAUGGGAACGUUUAAAUGUUCUAGAAUCAAAAUAUAAAGAGCUUAAUUCAGAUUUGAAUGUUGUUUCAACAUUAAAUCAACAACAACAACAACAACGUGCAACAUGUUCAUCAUCAUUGAAUUCGAUUCGUCGAAUAUCAAAUACUCAAAAAAUAAAUAGUCAUAAUAUGGAUGAUAAUCAUCAUAAUCAUGGUCACCAACAAAGAUCACAAAUAAUUCGUCGUGAAUUAAUUGAUCAAUCAUCAGAUCAAAUUUCAUCGAAUAAAAAAAUUAAAUUACGUCAUUCAUCAUCGAUUAAAAUGAUACCAAUACGAUCAUCGAAUAAUAAUAAUGGUGAUGAUUCUAGUCAUUUUAUUAAAGAUCAUCAUCGAUCAUCGAAUGGAUCGUCGGAUCAUCAUUUGCAAUCACCUUCCACAAAUAAACAACAAGAUACGAAAACAAAAAAUUCAAUGUUACGAUCAUUUAUGGUCAUUGAUGAUGAAGAUGACGAAGUAAAUCUUAUUGAAGAAGAAGAAAUACUUGAUGAUGAAGAGUAUGAUGAUGAUGAUGCAGAAGAAGAAUUAGAUAUUGAAGAAUAUGUGGCUCUAUCGGAAAUAUUGGAGAAAGAAAAUCCGGAUAAAUUUGUAAAAGAAAUUGAUGGUAAAAAUGAUUUAAUUUUAGUGGUUAGAGAUGUAAAUACAAAAGAAAUCAUUUGCUAUGAAUGUACAGUUGGUGAUCAAUGUGGAUUUCUAUCACGUGAUCGUACAAGAAUGGUAUUACAUAUUGGUAAACAUUAUCAACAGGAUGCUGAAGCAGAAGAAGCAAUGGAAGAUGAUGAUGAUGAUGAUGAUGACGACGAUGAUGACGAUGACGAAGAUAAUGAUAAUAGAAAAAUGUCAUUGAAUACAUCCGGUAGUUCUCUACGACGUAAUCAAAAUAGAACGAAUAACGUUUCGGAACGUAAAAAUCUAAUCGAUAUAUCGAUCAUUCCGGUCAAUUCUGCUGCUGAUCCAAUUACUACGACAACUUCGAAUUCAACAUCAACAUCAUCGGAUUCUUCUAUAACAUUGUUACCAAUUGCUGGUAGUAAAAAUCAAGACCCACAAACAUCAAAAUUAUCAUCAACGUCGAAAUUUCUCAAUAACCAACAGCAGCAGCAGCAGCAGCAGCAACAACAACAACAACAACGAUUAACAACUAUAAAUCAACCAGCACAGGUAUCAAUGAAUAGACCAAUACAACAAGCAACCAUAUUAAUACCAAUAGCUACAACUUCGGCGAUUAAUAAUCGAACAUUUUCUAUAGCAUCCUCUGCAAAACAAUUGUCACAAUUAUCACCAACAACAAUAACAUCGACAAUCAAUGCGACUCAACAAUCCGUAACGAAUCAUUCGAACCAAAAACCAAUAAAAUGUGAAUGGGAAAAUUGUGCAUUUAUGUGCGAUCAAAAUUACAAGUUACGAACACAUAUUCGUCAAGUACAUGAAAAAGUACGGCCAUAUCUUUGUGAUUGGCCCGGAUGUUUCGGUGCAUAUAAAACACGAUCAAAUUUGGCUAGCCAUCGAAUGGUUCAUACCGGUGAACGACCAUUCAUUUGUGAUUAUCCGAAAUGUGGUGCAAAAUUUGCCCGAAAAUAUGAUUGUGAACGACAUCGGCGGAUACAUUCUGAAAAAAUGUAUCCAUGUGAAUGGCCUGGUUGUGGUAAACGGCUAUGCGAUCCAUAUAAUCUUGAACGACAUAUGAUGGUACAUAAAGGUGAAUUACCAUAUCGUUGUCCAAUAUCGAAUUGUGUUCGUGGUUUUCGUGAAUUACGUUAUCUUCGUGAUCAUAUGGUUAAUAGUCAUAAAUUUUUGCCGGAUACAAAUCAAUUACGAAUGGCUUGUGCAACAUCAUCAUCAUUAUCAUCACAAUCUUCAUCGCGUAUAAUGAGCAUUAUUGGUUAUAAUCUCAAUGAAGGUAGUGCUAGUGGAUCGAUAUCAACACCACCAACAUUCACCUCUAGUAUCGGAAAUGAUAAUAGUAAUUCAAUGGGCAGUACAAUAGCAACUACGAUGGAUAGUCAAGAUAAUAAUAAUGUUGUGGUUGCAACAUCAUUUGUAACGGCAAUUGUUGCCAAUAAUAAUAGUAUUGUGACAACACCUUCAUCAUUGCACAACACCACAUCAAUCAAUAAAUCAGAUGAUGUGAAAAAUUCGAUAAAAUCCGAUUGUGGACAACAAAUGGCAAAAAAUGGUAACGAUAUGAAUUUGGAAUCUAAAAAAUCCAACACUAAUAAUGAUGAUCAACAAACGAAAGAAACAUCAAAUUCACAACAAACGACACAUAAAACGCGAACAAUUUCAACAAGAUCAUCAAGUAAAUUGAUUGAUGUAUCAAAUUCGAAUGCAAAUGAUUGUCAUAAAACUGAGAAUGAUGAUGACGAUGAUGAUGGUGAACAAACUGAUGAUAAAACUGAUAAUGACGAAGAAGAAGAAGAAGAAGAAGAUGGUUAUUACCAAAGUAAAAAUCGAAGAACCAGAAUCACCAUCACCAAUAACGGAACAACAAUCAACAACAAGCAAUGAACAACGGCAACGAACACCACCACCGGAACCACCUACUACAAGACAAAAAGCAGCAGCAGCAGCUGCUGCUGCAUCAUCAUCAUCAUCAUCAUCAUCCA